AUCUCUUUCCACUAAAAACCUUGCUGACAAAGAAUUCAAUUUUGAUUGUCGUCGAUCGUACGGUAUCUUGGGGGAUUGAUGGAGAACACAGACGUCGUCUCGGGUCUGCAUAAUUUCUUGAGUAAACCCUCCGCCAAAGAUUUCAUCAAAUCAAUCAAAAGUUUCAUUGUUUCGAUCUUGAACACUGCACCAGACCCUGAAAAAGAUUGUGAUGCAGUUCAGGACUUCUUUUACAAGAUGGAGUCUGCUUUCAGGGCUCAUCCACUUUGGUCUGGUUGUUCCGAUGAUGAGUUAGACAAUGCGGGAGAUGGCCUGGAGAAGUAUGUCAUGACAAAGUUAUUUCCCCGGGUUUUUGCAUCAAACACCGAGGAUGUUAUAUCCGAUGAGAAACUCUUUCAGAAGAUUUCCUUGGUUCAACAGUUCAUAUCUCCUGAAAACUUGGAUAUACAACCAACUUUUCAAAACCAAACAUCUUGGCUUCUAGCUCAAAAAGAGCUCCAGAAGAUAAAUAUGUACAAUGCUCCUCGUGAUAAGCUUAUGUGUAUCCUUAGGUGCUGCAAAGUCAUUAAUAACUUACUUCUAAAUGCUUCAAUUGCUUCAAACCAGAAUGAACCUGGAGCUGACCAAUUUCUUCCUGUUCUCAUAUAUGUUACCAUUAAGGCUAACCCUCCCCAGUUUCACUCAAACUUGUUGUAUAUACAAAGAUAUAGGCGUCAAUCUAAACUGGUUGGCGAAGCUGGCUACUUAUUCACCAACAUACUCUCUGCAGAGUCAUUCAUCUCAAAUAUUGAUGCAAAAUCCCUCUCCAUGGAUGAAGCUGACUUUGAAACUAAAAUGAAAUCUGCACAUGCACGUCUUUCUGGUCCGGGAAGCCAGUCUUAUCAAACGGAUCACGGUGCUGCAUUACCCACUGCUCAUAAUACUAAGAGGGAAAACAUGCUUCUGCAUACAAAAUCAACUGAUAGUUUCUCUGGUACCAAUGAAACACUGAGUGAAACACCAAUAAAGAAAGCUGACCCCAUUACCGAUUUGGAAAAUAAGGGCGCUGCUACGCUUUUGAAUGAUAGAAGUGAGGCAACCAAAAUAUUUCAAGAAUAUCCUUACAUGUUUGCCAGUGUUGGUGAUUUAAAGAUAGGAGAUGUUGAAGACUUGCUUAAUAAUUAUAAACAGCUAGUUUUCAAAUAUGUUUGCCUUUCCAAAGGCUUGGGUGAUGCAACAUCUUUAACUCCAUGCAUUUCACCAUUGCAAGCGUCUAAAGUCUCUGAGAAUCAUACAACAUUGUCUUCAGAUUUUCAAACGAAAAGCGAAACUGACAGGAGCGUUGAUAAUUUGUUUCGAGCUCUACAAGGUGAGGGAGACAAUGUUCAUAAUAUCUCAGAUGUAAAACAAUAAUCAGACUUAUCUCUUCCAAAUGUAAUCGGAUUC